UUCGGAUUUUCGAUCUUUGUAAGGAUGGCGAUUCUUCUUAGAAGACCCAAGCGCUUCAUAUGCUAGCUCGAGUACCUCACAAAAGCGUUACCCUCCAAUACUACGGCAGAUGACGUCUUUCGAGAUCUCGGACGACUCGCAAGGCUUGAUGAAGAGUCGGCAAUUGGCCUAUGAUAGACUCAUCAUCGCUGUCCUCUGGGAUGGUGUUAAUGCGCUGGGUAAGCAUUACUCCGCAUAACAUGAUAUUCAACAUCGAGUACAUUGCUGUUACUCUCUCGCCCAUAACUCACUCAAGAAUUGGGCUUGCAGCGGGCCUGUGCACCUCGGAACCUGGGCAACUCGGCGCGCUGGUGCUCGUAUCCUUUUAUACCGUUUCUCUCGUCUUUCACGUCACGCUCUCCUCUAUGCUUCUUUCUUUCCCUUUCCUGGGUUUGACGUUUCACCGUCUCUUGACACAAGACUCGAGGCGUUCGUCUCCAAAGCGUUAAGAUUCUUGGUCACUGCAAUUUUUGUAGAGGAACUCCCCGGCCGUGUUCUAUGAGUUUUUCUCCCCCGCAAUAUUUGCCCAGCAACAGCCCGCAAUUCUGUUUCGUUGUUUCGGUGUAGUUUAGAGAGCCAGAAGGUUACAUAGCC